AUGUCAAAUGAGGUGUGCAGCGCGAGAACGCCGCGUUAACAACAGAGCGCACGCGAGAGCGAAUCAGAUUCGAAUUGCCGCGCCAAAAACAUGUUAUAUGACACGUGCUCGUUUUAAGAAAACGAUAGAUUAAUCCACAAACUCAAUCAAGAAGCAUGCAAGAAUCUGGAAAGAACAUGCAUUGACCCCACAACAGGCUACAAGGUGUUUACUGAGUUUGCCCAUAGGAAAAGAGGAAGAUGCUGUGGGAGUGCCUUGUCCAUAGGGCAAAUUAAUGUGGAGGAUCCAGCUAAGAAGAAAGCAUUCAACUCAUUGUUUUAUGUAUAG